AUGUAUGACUUUAUGUCACUCACAACUCCCUACACACCCAUCAUUGAGCGUGGGAUCGCACUGCACAAAGUAAUGAGUCGGUCAUCCGGAAUGGUUGGACUUCCCGCGUAUCGGCAACAACGAGUCCUUCCACUACCUAGACGGCAAUUCAAUCUGGCUGACAGUGAAUUAUUGAGAUAUAAAUUUUUGAACAAAUGGGAUGCUGAAAUGAAUAAACUUGAACAGAGCACCGGCUUCUUGCACAAGGGACCAGCUUACGUCUCGUGGAAGCAUGGCGAUGAUAAAAUGAUCUGCUUUGAAAGAGCUGGACUACUGUUUGUAUUUAACUUCCAUGCGACAAAGAGUUUUCCUGACUACAAAGUAGGAGUCGAAGUGCCUGGAACUUAUAAAAUGGCGCUGAACAGCGACGAUGAGGACUUUGGAGGAUGGAAUCGCCUCAAACGGGAUUCUGAACACAUGACUUUCCCGGAAGGAUAUGCUGGACGACGUAAUCAUCUACUAGUUUACGCUCCAGCAAGGACAUGUCUUGUGCUCAGACUACUUUGA